AUGGAAUCAAACUCACCUAGACCUGAACCUUUAGAGUUCAGUCAAAACUUUAACUCGAUUCCAAAAAAUGAUGCAUUAUUAAUUACUUUGAAUAGAAGGGUUCAAUGGGCAUCGAGGGAAAUUUCAAAUAAUAAUCAGUUUUCUCAUUUCCAAGAGGGAAGUAAUAGCUCCAGUAGUAAUGGGAAUGUUAUUUCAAAUAAUUAUAUCGAUGGUAUACUAGAUGAUAGAUCAAUUCCUUCACCACCUCAAUCGCCUCAAUUGAAAUGUCAGGUACCAAUUGGUGACCUAGAAGACAACAUUAAAGUUUUACCAAGUUGGCAAGAUACUCAAACUACAAGUCGUUACUGUCAUUCUAUAAAUAAAUUUUUACAAAGUUAUAAGAUGUUCAAGUUAGAGAGCCCUACAACAACGGUAAUUGCAUCUCAUUCAAAUGUAACCAAAUUUAGAAAGACUCAUAGAAACCGUUUACAUUCAGAUGUAGAGAGAAAAUAUAGAACAAGAUGUGUAGUGGCAAACGAAUCUAGUGUCUCGGAGGAUUCUUCUAUUGACCACAAUAAAAAGGAUAAUUUUGUAGAACCAAGAGUCACAAAACCAAGGACUCCCCUUCGUAAGAAACCUCAGGUACAUUUAUCUUCACCCCUAGCCUCAGCUAAUGUUCUUGUCGGAAACUCUAAUUAUACACCUAAUAUGUCCUGGGAGAAACUACCAGAUUAUUCUCCGUCUAUUGAUACUCUUCCCAAGGGUAAUACGAAGUGUUUAAAGAUUGAAUGGAAAGGUUCACCAAUGAAUUUAUCUCUUGACCCUUUGAAGGAUCAAUUGCAUCCCGCAGAAUUGAUUCUUGCGCAAGUAUUAAGAUUGCCUUGUGAUCUUUACCUGGAUUCAAAGAGACGUUUCUUCUUAGAGAAAGUGUACAGACUAAAGAAAGGUUUACCAUUUAGAAGAACUGAUGCUCAAAAGGCUUGUAGAAUUGAUGUGAACAAAGCCUCAAGAUUAUAUGCAGCGUUUGAGAAUGUUGGUUGGUUAAAAGAUAAGAAUUUUUCUAGAUUUUUAUGA